AUCCACGCUCGCCGGUCGUCCACGUUUAUCGCGCCUCUCGGGUUGUUUUUAGUGGCAACUGUAAAAAGUGAAAGACACGGCGGAUUCUGGAAUCAAUCUAGCAAAUUUCUUCUUGUGAAAACCGAGAGCGAAAGUGACCAGUGGACGAAUAACAAAAUAUCUUGCUAAUUAGACGUCACGCCAUGACAAACAAUAACAACGCAUCGCGCCUAAGAUUAUGAGUCAAUGGUGAUGGCAAGUGUUGGAAGAAGUGACAGUUCGUGCUAAUUGCUGGUGUACCCUCUUUCCAAGAAAACCCGUUCAUUGGACACCAAAUGGCCGUGAAAAGCGCCGACUAAGGAAGAGCGGCGCAAAAACUACAAGGAAAAUUAACGUCAAGCCAGCAGACAAACUGCACUCGAAACAAUCUCAAGCUAACUGGAAAAUGUAUAAACAAACAUAGGGGAGUGAGCGUAGACCAAACAACUUUCAGCCGCAGAAGAAAACUACAGUUAAGGUUUUGCGCGGCGGAAGAAUCUCGGAAGAGCGACGUGUGAAUGCAGAAGAUACCAGAUACCAAAUACAAGAUACAAUAUUCAACAGAUAGUGCAGUGCAAAAAGUCAACGACAACAACUGAACGAAGCUCUGAGGAGAGAAGCAAAGCAAGAGAGCGACCGGUCUGCUUUAAGCCUGGCCAUGAUCUUGGCCAACUGUUUGGGCCACAGCACGCUCAGUUGUUAACCAGACGCGCACGCAUGCGCACGCGAAACGCGCGAACAGGUGAUUUGCAUAUCCACAAGAUACAAGUUACUUACUGCCUUACAGAUACGAAACCGUUAGGCCGUAGGUGUGACGCGAUGAAGUAAUUGCUGCCAGGUAGCUAGAUAACCGACUAGAGCAAAUAGAAAACGCGCUAAAUGCGGCAGCGAAAUUCCAAACAAACCCAAGUCGAAAACAAACGCACCGAAGAAAGUACAUUAAAACCAAUAAAAAGAAUUUAGCUGCCACAAAAAAUCGACCGACAAUCAAUGGAAUUGUGUUUGCGUGCUAAGCCAAGUGCCUCAUAAAUUGAUUUGUCAAUUGGCUAACGAUUUCGCCAACAAAACCCGGCCAUUGUGUCCGCCAAAGGCCGGAGUUCCCGGACACGUACUCCCAGCGAAAUCAGCUAAAUAAACAGUUCGGCUACAGUUAAAUUGCAGGGCCAAGGUGCUAUUACCUUUGCUUUUGCCGUUGCAACUGCAAUUGCAGGUUGAAGGUGUUAACUGGCUGUCGGCAGUGCUAACUGGCUAGCUGUCUAUUUGGCCGAGUGAAACCGAAAACGAAACUGAAAAUGCCCAACACACACAGUGAUUUACCCCAUAAUUGGAGCUCUGGUGAGAGCCAGCGACAGUGCACAUCCUCCAGUAGAAAUCGCACCUGCAAUCGCACUCCAAGUCGCCGCCACUGCCACCCAAUGAGCAUGGACAGAUCAAAGAGUGGUCACAUGAUUUUCCUCCUCUUGAUCUGCCUAAUAAACUGGGCCGCCGUAGCGGAUGGAACGGCUCGGAAUGGUCGCCUUGGACGUCAUCUCUCCACCACUCCUUUGAGCAACCUCGAAAUUGAGACGCAGACUGUCGAGGAGCACGAGACGGAGACCGAGACGCCAACGGAAUCAUCAGCUGAGUUGAUAACGACGGAACUGCCGCCGGAAGAUGAGUGGCAGCCAGUGGUGAAUGCCACAGAGAUUCCGGCCAGGAAGCAGGCGGAUAAAGUGUACGCUGGCGAUUCUCUGCUCCUUCGCCUGGCCCGACGAUUUACCAGUGGCAACGAGCUCUGGGAUGGCCUUGUCCGCGAUUGCUAUCUCAAGCCAGACGUUUCCUGUUUCCAGAAGAACGUCUUCAGCUACCUGGAUGGUGCUCUAGAUGUGCAGGAUGUCAAUGUUACACAAAGGCUCAAGUUCUUCAAGAACCAAGUGGACUACCAAGUGGAGAAGGAGAAGGAGGAGCACUCGGAGGCACGUGCCGCCAGUGCGGAAACACCGAUCGAGGAAGUUACCAGCGCUCUAUAUGGCAAGAGCAUUAAAUUCGCCAUGACCCACGAUCUGGAGGUGGAUCUGCCAGAGGUUAUGUUUAAUGGAGCCACAUUUCGCAUCUCGCCGCGGGCCAUCGAAGGCAACGGAAUUAUUGCCAAGUUGGAGCUUAUUCCCAAACAGGUAGUCAAGGCCCGACUGGCUGGAGCGAUAAUCCAGAAGAAGAUACAAAAAUUUCUACGCAGCAAACUGGUGCUGUCAUUCCUCGCAUUGCUGCUCAUCAUCAAGAUCAUCAAGAUCAAGUUGUUCUGGCUGCUGCCAAUCGUCAUCGGAGUCGGAGCGGCCAAGAAACUGCUGCUGAAGUUCCUGCUCUUCCUGUUCCCGGCGCUCUCGCAUCUCUUCAAGCUCUGCUCACACUACCAGCAAUCUUAUCACGCACCCGCCAAGUAUCACCAUCACCACCACCUCAUCGAUCAUCAUCACACGGUUGUUCCCCCAUGGCACAGCGGAGAGCACCACUCGGUUCCCGAGAUCAUCUACACCCACCCGCCGAAGGGUCAUCCGUCCGCCUAUCUCCAUGGAGCACCAGUGCACGAGAGCUAUGGACCCGGAUUCGAGCACUUUGAGGGAGCCUGGGAGAACAGUGGACCGGGAUUGGGUUCAGAAUACAUAGGCGAUAUAAAUCGCGCUGCACAAAUAGAGGAGAAUGCGCAUUACUUUAAGCCCCAUCCGGCGAAUGAUGCCGGGGUCCUGCAUGCUUGGGGCCUGGGCACCACACAGGCACAACAGCAACAUCAGACACAGGCACAGCCGCACCAGCAACAUCAGACACACCAGCAACAUCAACGCUGGCCUGUCACCCAGCAGGCGAGGCCACCCACCCAGCUCAAACAGCAGUCGCAGCAGCAACAGCAACAGCAACACCAGCUUAAGCUUCAGCUGCAACAGCAAUUAAGUGCUCAGAAAGUACAAGCCUCUAGUCACAGUUUAAACCCAUUUCAAACUCAGGACAAACAAAGCUCAAGGCCGGCACAUACGCAGCACCAUCCGGUCUUCGUUCCGGGCCAGCAUCCACCUCAAAGCGGGCCCGUACUCACGGCUGCGGCACAAAUUGCCGCACAGUAUGAUCCAGCGCGCAAUAAUCAACAGCAGCACCAGCAGCAGCAGCAAAAUCAGGCUCUGCAGGAGCAGCCACAACUUUCGCCCGAACUGGCCGCCCAGCUGAAGGAGGCCAUCCGCAUUCAGGCCGAGCAGCGCCUCAUCCAGCAGCAGCAGAAGAUACUCGAGCACCAGCCGUUCGUGCAGGAUGGACAGCCCCUGUAUCCGCUCAACUAUGAUCCGUUCUACAGUCCCAUUCUGCUGAAAAUUGACAAAAUCGUCGAGCAGCUGGGCGUGAAGAAUGACCUGUGCAAGGAGCGCAUCGUGUGCAGCAUGUACAAGGAUCCGGCCACCUACAGUCCGCACAGCAAUUUCAUAUCCGCGGAGCUUAGUCGCGAUACCAGCGAACUGGAGCCCGUAACGCAAGCGAAUGAGGCAGUGCGUCGUUUUUACCGCCUAAUCCAGGCAGCCCGGGAUGGCCAGGAUCAAAAGGACUGCCAGAGCCUAUACCCGCAGUGCAAUAUGCCGGCCAAGUGAUGUCCGGAGGUCCUUAAUCUUCGAGAGAGUGAGACGAUGAACGAGUACGAGCAACUUUAAAGUCAACUUUUCCUUGUUAAAAAGAAACCGAACUGUAAAUAGGAUAAUUGAUCUAGACUAAGCAUAAUUUAUUUGUUAAACUCUUAUUUAUUUAUUUAUUUAUUUAUAUAUUUAUUGUAGUCUAAUAACUGGCCUACUUAACGCCAAUUUGUCACUCAACCGCUGCUUAAAUAUUUAUUCUGAUUUUGUUUACACAUUGCAUACAAAUUAUUUACUAGUUUCGACUGCGGUCAGUACACUUUUUAAAUUUCCCUCACACGCCCAAGUGAAUGUCACAUAUAAAUUCACUAAAAAUAAUAUUUAAUGAAAUCAGAAUAUUUAUUAAUUGCCGGUCAGACGGAUGCGGCGGAAAAUUCAAUUAGUCAAUACGCAAAAAUUGUUAUUAGAGGUAGUUUUUGUGGCCAGCACAUAAAAUGGAAAAUAAAUUGAAAUCGUGUUAA